AUUAUCAAUGCAAGUAAAGUUAUCCUUUUUUGACGAUGUAAAUAUAUCAAAGUCUUUUUGGGAGAAAGUAAAUAUUUAAAUCGAGAAAUAAAAUAUUGACUUUGAAUCUGUUCUUUUCGAGAAAAGCAAAAAAACUGGUUUUUGGACUAGCAAAAAUUAUAUCAUUUAUGAUAGCAAAUUGAUGAAGUUAAGGGUAUUGAAAAAAUAAGAAAAUAUAUAGCCUAAUAAGAAAAAUAUUCAUUAUGUUGAUUUGGGCACAUCAAGAAUAGAGAGAAUAAAGUAUAAAAAUGAUUAGGAGGUUGAUGUUUUAAACAAAGUAUAGAAAUUAUAUAUAUAUAAUUUAAGAAGAAAUAUGGAUUUCGAAUAAUUCAUAAUUAGAAAUUUAGAGAAUUAUAUUUGAGAUCAAAAGAACUAAAUUAAUAAAUUUGGGAUAUUUUGAAAAAGCAAUGUCUUUAACUUGCAUUUAAGGAAGAGUACGUAAUUGAGAGAAUGAUAGGGAAAGGUAAUUUUGCAAAAGUAUUUAAAUUAAAUAAGUGAAGGUGUAUCUUUGUACAAAGAAAUUGGAUAAAUAAUAAUAUGCUGUAAAAGCUUUUGAAAAGAGUAGAAUGGUGAAUAAUGAAACAGAUAAGAAAGCAUUGAUAAAAGAAAUGUAAAUAAUGAGAAAGGUGAACUAUAGAGGAUUAAUAAAAAUGCAUGAAGUGUUUGAAGAUGAUACUCAUAUCUUUAUAGUUUAAGAAUAUUUAUAAGGAGGAGAAUUAUAUUAAUAAAUAAAGAAGAAUUAAAAGUAAUCCGAGCCAACAGUGGCAAUGAUUUUAGGUACUUUAUUAGAUUCUUUGGAUUAUUUACAUAAAAAGAAUAUUCUUCAUAGAGAUCUUAAACCAGAAAAUAUGUUAUUACGUAAAAAAGGAGUUUUAGGAGAUGUUGUAAUAGCAGAUUUUGGAUUAGCUGAUUUUUAUGAUCCAUUAGGUAAUUAUAUGUUUUAAAGAUGUGGAACACCUGGAUUCGUUGCUCCAGAGGUAUUAUAAGAUAAGGUGUAUGAUUCAAAAAUAGAUAUAUUUAGUGUUGGUUGUUUAAUGUUUCUCCUUAUUGCUGGUAAAUCUCCUUUUAAAGGUUCUACAUAUGAUGAAGUUGUGAUGAGAAAUUAUCAUUGUAAAAUUGAUUAUGUUUCAAUAGAAACAAUUAUUAGUAGUUAAGGUAUUUAUUAUGAUUAAUAAUUAGGAUUAUCACUAUUAAAGUUAUUAUUGCAUCCUCGACCUUCAUAGAGACCAUCACCAAGAGAUGCUUUGAGACAUGAAUGGUUUAUGAUCAAUUUAGAUAAAUAAAGAUAUUCAGAAUUAAAUAAAUAAGAAGAUAUUAUUUAUGAUACUAAAGAUACUAUUAAAUCAAGUAUUACUGAUGUAGGUAGUUGUGGAUUUAUGAAAAAUUUUAUUGGCCCAUCAUAUUUAGAUAAACCGGAAUUUAUGACUCCUUAAUAAACUAGUAUUGGAAAUUAAAAAAAUAAUAAUCAUCUAUUCACACCUUAAAUGGCAAUUAUGCAAUAGAUUUAAGAAUAAUUUUAUGAAGAAUAAAUUUCUAUUAAAAAUUUAGAUGAUGAUUUUACAGAUAUGAUUUUCGAUGAUGAAUCACCACAAUCUCAUAAAUUACCAUAAUACUAAUUAGUUGGUAAACUCAAAUAAGCUGUAGAUUCAAAUAAUUCAUCUUAUUAUGCAUCUCCUAUAAUUAAGGUAUCAAAUAUAUAUUCAAUAUUUUUAUUAGAAAACUCCAGAGAGUCUUACUAAAGAUAUCAAUCCUAAGGUGAUGACAAUCAGAGAAAAGAUUUACGAAUAAUAAACUUAUCCAAAGAUUGCAAGCAAAAUCAAGAAUAAUUUGAAAAAUCUUGAGCAAUUAUGAAUAGUUGAC